AUGUCUAUCCUCGGGUUAAAGAAGAAACAGCCGAAGACUUUUAAAGUCAAAGUUAUCACCAUGGAUGCUGAGAUGGAGUUCAGCUGUGAGGUGAAGUGGCAAGGCAAAGACCUGUUUGACCUGGUGUGUCGCACCGUUGGUCUGAGAGAGACCUGGUUCUUUGGACUCAGGUACACGGUGAAGGACACCUACGCCUGGCUGAAACCAGAGAAACGGGUCUUGGACCAGGAGGUUCCCAAGGACUCGCCCAUAACAUUUCAUUUCCUGGCUAAAUUCUUCCCAGAGAAAGUAGAAGAAGAGCUCGUCCAGGAGAUAACUCAGCACCUCUUCUUCUUACAGGUCAAAAAGCAGAUAUUAGAUGAAGAGAUAUUCUGUUCCCCUGAAGCAUCCGUCCUGUUGGCGUCCUAUGCCGUCCAGGCCAAGUAUGGGGACUAUGACCCAAGUUUCCAUAAGCCGGGCUUCCUCGCACAAGAUGAACUUCUGCCCAAAAGAGUUUUGAUGCAAUACCAAAUGACAGCGGACAUGUGGGAGGAGAAGAUCACGGCUUGGUACGCCGAGCACAGAGGCAUCGCCAGGGAUGAGGCUGAGAUGGAAUACCUUAAAAUCGCUCAGGACCUUGAGAUGUACGGUGUCAGCUACUUCGCCAUUACUCAAAAUAAGAGGGACACAGACCUGCUUCUCGGAGUGGAUGCUCAGGGUCUCCACAUCUACAGCCCCAACAGCAAACUCAACCCCAACAAAUCCUUCCCCUGGAGCGGCAUCCGCAACAUCUCUUACAGCGAGAAGGAGUUCACCAUCAAACCCUUGGAUAAGAAGAAAGAUGUUUUCAAGUUCUACUCCUCUCAACUGCGUGUCAACAAGCUGAUCCUGCAGUUAUGCAUUGGCAAUCACGAUCUAUUCAUGAGGAGGAGGAAGGUGGACUCCAUUGAAGUGCAACAGAUGAAGGCUCAAGCAAAAGAAGAGAAGGCCCGCAAGAAGAUGGAGCGGCAAAUCCUGGCACGGGAAAAACAGAUGAGAGAGGAAGCAGAACGGGCAAAAGAGGAGAUGGAGAGAAGACUCUUCCAGCUGCAAGACGAGGCGCGGCUGUCCAACGAGGCUCUGCUUCGCUCUGAGGAGACGGCGGACCUGCUGGCAGAAAAGGCUCAGAUUGCAGAGGAGGAGGCCACGCUUCUGGCCCACAAAGCUGCAGAAGCCGAGCAGGACAGGCAGAGGUUAGAGGUCACGGCCAUGAAGACCAAGGAGGAGAAGCGGCUGAUGGAGCAGAAGAUGAGGGAGGCCGAGCAGCUGGCCGUCAAACUGGUGGAGCAGUCUGAGCGGAGAUUGAAGGAGUCCGACCACCUGAAGCAGGACCUGACGGAGGCGAAGGACGCCGAGCGGAGAGCCAAACAGAAGCUGCUGGAGAUCACCAAAACUACAUAUCCUCUCAUAGCAGCCUACUCUGCUCCCCCUGCCCCCCUCCCUCCUCCUGAAGCUGCCGACUUUUCCUAUGAAUCAACGUCCACACGUCUGGACUUCAAAGACUCUGACAUGAAAAGGCUGUCCAUGGAGAUCGAGAGAGAGAGGCUGGAGUACAUGGAGAAGAGCAAACACCUGCAGGACCAGCUGAAGGAGCUGAAGACGGAGAUCGAGUCUCUGAAGCUGGAGGAGCAGCAGCAGCAGGCCGGCGUCUACACCCUGCGCCACGAGGCCCGCGGGUACAACCAGGAGCCGGUCUACCUACCUCAGAGCAACCGAAACUCUGCGUACAUGUCUCAGAUGGCUUACUUUGAAGAAGUGUGAUCGAGUCCUGCAAGAAACGCAACGUGGGCCCAGCUGUUGUGACUUUUGACCUGACUGAAACAAACAGACACUCGCACACAUCAUGACUGUGCUUUGGGAAGACUAUAAAUCUGUACCGACAACAAACAGCCACUAGUUGCUACCACCUUCCACACUGCAGCACCUUCUUUCUUUAUAAAGUGUUUGUGACACUGAUUCAAGACGUGGUGCUGAAGACGGUUGCAUGUUGCUGUGUCGAGUUGCUGAUGUUGUUUUGUGGUUUUUAAGGGAUGCUUAGCUGUGAGAUGGUCAGAUAUCAUAUCAUAACUUCAUGACACGUUUUAAAAUAAUGACUUAAUGACAUUUUAGGGCAGGGAUUGAGGUUCAAAUUCAUCGUAAACUGGCUCUAGGCAAGUUCCUCCAUUAGUCGCCAUUGGAUAAACACUGAAAAUGAACAUCUGUAAACAAAUAUUUUGUAAAUACGGUCACUUUCUUUCAAACUAGCAGUGUUUCUCAAACGUGGGAAAAAAUGACCUGAAAGAACCCCAAAUUUGAAAUUACACAUUUCCCAAUUUUGUUUUAUAAUGUAGUUUUGAACACUAAAAAAACAGUAAGGAUAACUCUUGAUUAUUGACAACUUAAGGUGUAAAUGAAAACAAUCUUGCUCAUAAAAGUUAUUUGUAAAAAUAGUAAUCACAACUCACAGAGAAGUCUGAGAAGCGGACGUGUGCAGCAGGGACAGUUUCUAGAGGAGAUACUCCAUCAAAUGUUAAAUGCAGUGUUGAUCUUUGUUUUGGUGGUUUUGUUUACUUUUUUAGUUUUUGAGCUGCCUUUACACACAGGUGCCUUUUUAUUGUUUCCAGUGCCUCAACACAUAGUAAUGUAGAACAAAGGUAGUACACAAGCUUGCCAUUUCAACUUUUUAUCUUUUGUAUCUAGACUGUUGAUGUGCCUUGAACUUUAUUUGUUACUAUUAUGAUAAGAGUUACUAAGGUUUGUAUAUGCUAUCAUUGUGCUUAUGUGUCUUAGCAUUGGGGUUGCCUUUGAGCCUGGGUUGGAUAUCAUACCCUGACUUUUUGACCUUCCGGUUUUCUUUUAUUUCCUCAGCUGGUGUACUUCUCAGGGUUAGUGUUGGAGACAAUCAGAUAUGUGUUUCCCCUGAGAUAAACAGCCUUUUUUCCAAUAUUGCUAAAGGAUUCAAACAGGCUAUUAACAUUUAGCUUGGUUAAAUCUAAUAGUAGCAAAGUAGAGAUUUUAGACAUGUUGAGAUGGGUAACUUUUCUUACACUAAAGUCCUCAUUAUAUUGUUAAAAAGGGAGAGGCUGGAUGCCAUAUGUACAGCCAGGGAUUCUGGGUGUUUAUUUUAGAUCGACAUCAUUAUGGACCUAACGGAGACAAUUGAUUGGUUCAUCAUUGCAUGGUUGGGUAUUAGGCUAACCUUGGUCCUGUGUAAACUGUAUUGUGUAAAAUGUCCCAGUGAAAGUGUUCUUUUUGUAUUUCAUCAACACAUUUCUUAAGUGCUUUAAUUUGCAUCUUCAACCUUAUUUAUUUGUGCUAUAAAUCCUUAAAUAACAUCAUCACACAUGUUUUCUUUGUGGAGGAAUUAAAUGUUUGUUUUUGUUUUUCCAGAAGUGGAUUUUACUGCUACUUACUACUACAAUGCGAGUGCUAAAAAAAUAUUUGACACACAAAACAAUAUUGUACCUACGGUUUACGUUGAAGUGAUUACUAUGUAACAAUUUCACAAAGUUCUUUCAAUGACCUAUUUCAUUUAUCAAGUUGUUUUGGUGUAUAUCAUUUCAAUACAACCAUGGUCAUACAACA